AUGUCUAAGCGUGCUGCUACCAAGAAGACUACGGAAAACGUGACCCUCGGUCCCCAGGUCCGCGAAGGCGAGCUUGUCUUUGGCGUUGCCCACAUCUUUGCCUCUUUCAAUGACACCUUUGUCCAUGUCACUGAUUUGUCUGGUCGUGAGACUAUUGCUCGUGUCACCGGUGGUAUGAAGGUUAAGGCUGACCGUGAUGAGUCUUCUCCCUAUGCUGCCAUGUUGGCUGCUCAAGAUGUUGCUGCCAAGUGCAAGGAGCUCGGUAUCAACGCUGUUCACGUCAAGAUCCGUGCUACUGGUGGCACUGGCACCAAGACUCCUGGUCCUGGUGGCCAGAGCGCUCUUCGUGCUUUGGCUCGUUCCGGUUUGAGAAUCGGUCGCAUUGAGGAUGUCACCCCCAUCCCCACUGAUAGCACCCGUAGAAAGGGCGGUCGUCGUGGUCGUCGUCUUUAG